AUGCAAGAAGGUGGUAUAGCAGAAAAGCGACCACCCCUAGGGGGUGAUGGAGCCAUUGUCGAGAACAACUCUCAAACCGUUGCCUUAGAUUCAGGAGUCGAUUUAGAAGUUCAAACCGAAAGUGAACCAUUGCCUCCUUACACUGUCCUUCCAAAUGGUGAAAAAGCCUUCGUUAUUGUGGCGGGCUCGUUUGCGGCCCUCAUUUCACCACUUUCGAGCAGCAUAUACUUGCCGGCCCUGGACUCUCUCUCCAGGGAUAUGAAUGUCUCGGUGUCCCUGAUCAACUUGACGAUCACAACAUAUUUGGUAAUUGGAUUUCACCAGUGCAACUUUAUUAUGGCUGACCGAUCCAAGAUCUUUCAAGGACUUGCACCCUCAUUCGUCGGCAGCUUUUCAGACAUCCAUGGUCGACGUCCAGCAUACAUCAUCUCCUUUGCAAUCUACCUGGGAGCAAAUAUUGGCCUUGCACUGCAGAACAACUAUGUCGCCCUGAUGAUUCUGCGUUGCAUUCAGUCAUCGGGCAGUAGUGGGACUGUUGCACUCGGCAGCGCUGUCAUGGCCGAUCUUUCCACUCGUGCCGAGCGAGGUAAAUACAUUGGAUACGCUAGCAUUGGGAUCGCACUAGGACCAACCCUGGGACCUGUCAUAGGCGGACUUUUGGAUCAUUAUCUAGGAUGGCGGGCGAUCUUUUGGUUUCUCGUCAUUCUGUCUGGUGUUUGCUUCGUUGUGAUUCUUAUUGUUUUGCCCGAAACAUGUCGAGCUGUCGUGGGAAAUGGUUCUGUCCCACCGGCAUCAUGGAAUCGUCCGUUCUGGGGGUUCUGUGUCCGACACUCUCGAUUUGUCGAUGAACAGGGAAUUGCCGACUAUACCACCAUCCAGCAACUGAAGCGACGCCCUAACCCAAUCUCAGCUCUUCUUUUAGCCACGCAAAAAGAAACCGGAUUGGUUCUCAUAUACGGUGCACUGCUAUAUGCAGGUUAUAUGGUUGUGAUUAGCACCCUGUCAACUCAGUUGACCAGUCGUUUUGGAUUCAACUCCAUUCAGGUCGGAUUAUGCUAUCUUCCCAUGGGUGUAGGAAGCAUGAGCUCUCGCUGGAUAGUUGGUCGAAUAUUGGAUUGGAAUUUCCGCCGCGAAGCAAGGCUUCAAGGCAUGACCAUCCAGAAGAAUCGUCAGCAAGAUAUUGAAAACUUCAACAUUGAACGAGCUCGCUUGAUGGUCACAAUUCCGUUGAUCUAUCUGGCCAGUCUCUGUAUUAUAGCUUAUGGCUGGGUGAUGCAGUAUCGAACUGCUCUAGCUGGCCCUCUCGUGAUGUUAUUCUUCACCGGUGUCACGACGACAAGUGCCUUCAACACACUGAACACGCUGGUUGUGGAUAUUCAUUACCAAAGUGCUGCAACUGCAGCCGCAGCAAGUAAUCUAUUUCGUUGUUUGCUGGGUGCUGGGGCAACAGCAGUAGCAUCACCUCUCAUCCAAGCAAUUGGAAUUGGAUGGACAGCAACAUUCAUUGCUGGUCUUUGGGUACUUGGAAGUCCUGCUUUAUGGAUUGUUUUUCACCAGGGAUAUCGCUGGAGGCAGGAACUUGCCGACAAAGAAAAGUCAAAGCAAGACCCAUCUACUCCAUAA